AUGUCUCUCGCACACACGGCUGCGGAGUACAUGCUGUCAGAUGCCCUGCUGCCCGACCGCAGGGGCCCCCGCCUCAAAGGACUGCGCCUGGAGCUUCCCUUGGACCGCAUGGUCAAGUUCGUAGCAGUGGGCUUCCCCUUGCUGCUGAUGUCCUUGGCGUUUGCUCAGGAGUUCUCCUCUGGUUCCCCUGUUGGCUGCUUCUCCCCCAGCAACUUCAGCGCCCGGCAGGCUGCCUACGUGGACAGUUCCUGCUGGGACUCACUAGCCCACCACGAACAGGACGAGGCUGGCCAGCACAAAGUGAAGUCCCUGUGGCCUCACAAGGCCCUUCCCUACUCCCUGCUGGCCCUGGCGGUGGCCAUGUACCUCCCGGCUCUGCUGUGGCAGUAUGCGGCUGCGCCGGCCCUCAGCUCAGAUCUGCUGUUCAUCAUCAGCGAGCUGGACAAGUCCUAUAACCGCUCCAUCCGCCUGGUGCAGCACAUGCUGAAGAUCCGACAGAGGAGCUCGGACCCCCACGUCUUCUGGGAUGAGCUGGAGAAGGCUCGGAAAGAACGAUACUUUGAAUUCCCCUUGCUAGAGAGGUACCUGGCAUGUAAGCAGCGCUCACACUCACUAGUGGCUACGUACAUCUUGAGAAACUCCCUCUUGCUCCUCUUCACCUCAGCCACCUACUUGUACCUUGGCCACUUCCACCUGGAUGUUUUCUUCCAAGAAGAAUUCAGCUGUUCCAUCAAGUCUGGGCUGCUAAGAGAUGAGACCCACAUCCCCGAUCUGAUCACGUGCAGGCUGACCUCCCUGUCCGUCUUCCAAAUUGUUAGUAUCUCCAGCGUAGCCAUAUACACCGUAUUAGUUCCAGUCAUAAUAUACAACCUCACACGGCUAUGUCGGUGGGACAAACGACUCCUUUCCAUCUAUGAGAUGCUCCCAGCUUUCGAUCUCCUCAGCAGAAAGAUGCUGGGCUGCCCCAUCAAUGACCUCAAUGUGAUCCUACUUUUCCUCCGAGCCAACAUCUCUGAGCUCAUCUCUUUUAGCUGGUUGAGUGUCUUAUGCGUGUUGAAGGACACAACCACCCAGAAGCACAACAUUGACACCGUGGUCGAUUUCAUGACUUUAUUGGCUGGCUUAGAACCCUCAAAACCUAAACAUCUCGGCCACCGGGUAUGUGAUGAAAACCCAUAG